AUGGACAAUCGCCGCGUGCCGCAAAAGAAUCUCAGAGUACAGAACUUCAAGAAAUUCAGAUAUGUGAAGUUGAUUUCCAUGGAAACCUCGUCAUCCUCUGAUGACAGUUGUGACAGCUUUGCUUCUGAUAAUUUUGCAAACACGAAACCUAAAUUCAGGUCAGAUAUCAGUGAAGAACUGGCAAAUGUUUUUUAUGAGGACUCUGAUAAUGAAUCUUUCUGCGGCUUUUCAGAAAGUGAGGUGCAAGAUGUAUUAGACCAUUGCGGAUUUUUACAGAAACCCAAACCAAGGCCAGAUGUCAGUAAAGAACUGGCCAGUCUUUUUCAUGCCGACUCUGACGAUGAAUCAUUUUGUGGUUUCUCAGAGAGUGAGAUACAAGAUGGAAUGAGACUGCAGGCUGCCCAGGAAGGCUGCAGGACCCGCAGUCAGUGCAGACGUUCUGGACCCCUGAGAGUGGCAAUGACGUUUCCAACACGAAGUACCAGGACAGCGGCCAAGAAGAAGGCAGUUCCUCCCCAGUCCUCAGAGAGCUCUGUGACUGAUGCCAGUUCUGAUUCAGAAGAUGAAAAAGGCAUGAAUUUUUUGGAGAAAAGGGCUUUAAAUAUAAAGCAAAACAAAGCAAUGCUUGCAAAACUAAUGUCAGAGUUAGAAAGCUUCCCUGGCUCGUUCCCUGGUAGACGUUCCUUACCAGUCCCCGGUGCACAAUCAAAGACACCCCGAAGACGCACGUUCCCAGGUGUUGCUUCCAGGAGAAACCCUGAACGGAGAGCUCGUCCUCUUACCAGGUCAAGGUCUCGGAUUCUGGGAUUCCCUGGGGCUCUGCCCACAGAGGAGGAGGAGGAGGAGGAAGAGGAGGACAAGUACUUAUUGGUGAGAAAGAGGAAGGUCAUGGACGACUACAUGAAUGAAGAUGACAUGCCCAGAAACCGUCGCCCAGGGCCCAUGACCCUUCCUCAUGUAAUCCGCCCAGUGGAAGAAAUCACAGAGGAAGAGUUGGAGAAUAUCUGCAGUAACUCCCGAGAGAAGAUAUAUAACCGCUCAUUGGGAUCUACCUGUCAUCAAUGUCGCCAGAAAACUCUCGAUACCAAAACAAAUUGCAGAAACCCAGAGUGUUGGGGUGUCCGAGGCCAGUUCUGUGGCCCCUGCCUUCGAAACCGUUAUGGUGAAGAAGUCAAGGAUGCCCUCCUAGAUCCCAACUGGCACUGUCCACCUUGUCGUGGAAUCUGUAACUGCAGCUUCUGUAGGCAGCGUGAUGGGCGGUGUGCAACUGGGGUCCUGGUGUAUUUGGCCAAAUACCAUGGCUUUGGGAAUGUCCAUGCUUACUUGAAAAGUCUGAAGCAGGAGUUUGAAAUGCAAGCAUAA